AUGUCUGUUUAUUUACUCCCGGGGCGUACGUGUGAUGCAAUUGAAAAGACUUUGAACCGAUAUUGGUGGUGUGGUGGUGACCGCCAGAAAGGUAUACAUUGGCUCAGCUGGUCUCGUUUGAGUGCGCCAAAGACAUGUGGGGGUUUGGGAUUUAAAAAGAUCCGUGAAUUUAAUAUUGCGCUAUUAGCUAAGCAGGGAUGGCGAUUGUUGACUACUCCAUCAUCGUUAGUCUGUCGUCUCCUGAAGGCAAAAUACUUCCCUCGUUGUGACUUCUUGGAUGCUCAAAUUGGCAAUAACCCUAGUUAUAUCUGGCAGAGCAUUCUAGUAGGGCAAGAACUUCUUAAAUCAGGGGUGGUACGUACAAUUGGCGACGGAAAGGACACAAGAAUUUGGGGAUGGCCUUGGUUGUCUGACAUGGAUAAUCCUUCCCUUCACACCCUUGGAGUUACUGAACUUAAUGAUGCUACAGUUAAUUCUUUGUUUGAUGAGCAAGGUAAAUGGGAUUUAGAGAUUCUGCAUGAUUUAUUUGAACCCGAUGAUAUUCCCAGAAUCCUCGCAACUCCGAUUUCGCAUGAGAUAUCUGAUUCUUGGAGAUGGAGAGGGGAUAUAAGGGGUGUGUACACAGUCAAACAUGGUUAUCAACUGCUUACGAAUCAUUAUAUGGAUGUUAAUCCAACUGUUGUUUUCUCUGCCUGGGAUAAACUCUGGAAGCUCCCAGUUCCACCAAAGGUUAAAAACUUCCUUUGGAGGUGUGCUCGUAACAUUGUUCCGGUUCGGGAAGUUCUUAAAUAG